AAAGUCCGAAAUCGUAGAUUAAACUAUUAACUAUGGGAGCGGAGAGUGAAUCAUCUGAAGCAAUUCUCGAAAAUGUAUGGGCGAAUUUCGUGGCGAAGAAAGGUGAAGACGAUGACGUAUCAACCUCAAAGGCGUGGGAAGGUUUGCCUAGCCUCGAGAGAGAUGGAUCGAUGCAGAUGUUGGAGAGGCUUCCGAGUUUAGGCAGAUGGAUAUCGAUGGGAGCCGAAGCGUGGGACCACUUUCUACAAGAAAUCACUCCUCCCACCGAAGAACUAAAUGGCUGCGCUGCUGCCAAGACCGAGGCCACAGCGGUGGAGGCCAGGAAGCAUUACAGAGGAGUGAGGAGGCGGCCAUGGGGAAAGUACGCGGCGGAGAUAAGGGAUUCGACGAAGAAAGGGGCGAGGGUUUGGCUGGGGACGUUUGAGACGGCGGAGGAAGCAGCGUUGGCGUAUGAUAAGGCGGCUUUGCGAAUUAGAGGUCCCAAAACUCGUCUCAAUUUCCCUCUCCAGACCGUGAAAAGGGCAGCACAUGACGAAGAAGGCGAACAGCCUUUGCACAAGAGAUCAAGAGGGGUUGAUUAUGAUCAUGAUCAUGUUUUAGAAUUAGAGGAUCUUGGGAAUGACUAUUUGGAGAGUUUGUACUGCUCACUAUGAGAAAUAUACUACUUAUUAUAUAAUUCAUUCAAUUG